AUUCCAACUUGAUUGGCGCCCCGCUGCAUAUGGUUAUCUUUGUAUGGUAACGGCUGAGAUUCGAGGACUCUGCAGAGAGUGGUGCAGACAGCCCAGCACAUCUGUAGAUGUGAACUUCCCACUAUUCAGGAUAUUUGCAGAGACAGGUGUGUAAAAAGGGCCCAAAGGAUCAUUGGGGACCCGAGUCACCCCACCUACAAUCUAUGAAAGAUGCUGUCACUAAAACAACUGCAAUUCUCCGUUUGGCCCGAACCAGGCCGUGGAACCUCUAUUUGAAUCUUAACUGUCCUCUCCAAGUGAGGCGUCUGUCAGAGUCCAAGGGUUUGAAGAUGAGACUUGUCCAGUUCCUGACUGCUGGUGAUCGAAGUGGAAUGAGAGUGGGCGUGCAGGAGAGGGAUGGAGGAAAUGUAAUUGACCUGAAUUUAUUUGAUAACUCCCUUCCCAGAAAUAUGAAGGAGUUUUUGGAAAAGGGAGAUGUUGCCAUGGAAACAGCAAGAAGAGCCCUGGAUUAUGGAAGCCAUGCACUUAGUCUCUCUGAGAUAGAACUUUUGUCACCUGUAACAAACCCAGACAAAGUGGUGUGUGUUGGGAUGAACUACAUGGAUCACUGCCUGGAACAGAAUGUCCCAAUCCCUAAGGAGCCUGUUAUAUUCAGCAAGUUUGGUAGUUCUAUAGUAGGGCCCUACAGUGACAUCAUCCACCCUAAAGAGAGCAAUGAGGUGGACUGGGAGGUGGAGCUGGCGUUUGUCAUUGGGAAGAAAGGCAAGCACAUUCAGAAAGAAGAAGCAAUGAACUAUGUGGCUGGGUUCAUGGUAGCACAUGAUGUCAGUGCACGAGACUGGCAGAUGAAGCGGAAUGGCAAGCAGUGGCUGCUGGGUAAAACAUUUGACACGUUUUGCCCUCUGGGCCCAGCCAUUGUUACCCGAGAUGCUCUCUCAGAUCCUCACAACCUAGGGAUACGCUGCCACGUUAAUCAACAGAUUAUGCAGGAUAGCAACACUAGUCAACUAAUCUUUAAAACAGAGGAUCUUGUCGCUUGGGUAUCACAGUUUGUGACCCUGUACCCCGGGGAUGUCUUUCUAACGGGAACACCUUCUGGGCGCGGAGACAUUGUGGAAUGUGAAAUAGACGAAAUUGGAAUUCUAAGGAAUGCCGUAAUUUAGGUCUUUGCGGUCUCAUUUUGGAUUCAUUGAAGGCUGAUUUAAUUGACAAGAUGGAGCAGUUGGUACAAGAAGUGGCCAGAACAUGGGAGGAAGUUGGAGACGUGUUUAUGAAAUGGAGCUCUUCUGCAGAGAUCCAGCUGUCUGAUUUGACCAUUAAUCUCAAACAUGCACUUUAACAAGGAAUGAAACAUUUAAAAUUAGGUGAUUUAAGGAUUAAUGAUGCAUAGUAGUCUUGUUUAAAUCAUUGUCAUUACUGUGCUGCAAAGUACAUGCAGUUUUCAUAAAUAAAGUUGCCAAAUCACA